CCCUAGCUUCUUCAAAUCAAACCAAUGCUCCAUUCAAAUCUCUAGUAACGAAAAUGGACACAAACACCAACACCAACACCAGCAUCACCAAAAUGGAUCGGAUCAAGGGUCCAUGGAGUCCGGAGGAGGAUGAAGCUUUGCAGAGGCUGGUGGAGAAGCACGGCCCGAGGAACUGGUCGCUGAUCAGCAAGUCGAUUCCGGGGAGGUCUGGGAAAUCGUGCAGGCUGCGGUGGUGUAAUCAGUUGUCGCCUCAGGUGGAGCACCGUGCCUUCACGGCGGAGGAGGAUGACACCAUAAUCAGAGCCCAUGCCCGAUUCGGUAACAAGUGGGCCACCAUCGCCAGACUCCUCUCCGGGAGGACUGAUAACGCGAUUAAGAAUCACUGGAACUCUACCUUGAAGCGGAAGUGCGCUUCCUUCAUGAUGGAUGACCACAACGCGCCGCCGCUUAAGAGGUCUGUUAGCGCCGGCGCCGCCACGCCGGUUUCCACCGGGCUCUACAUGAACCCGCCGUCUCCGGGGAGUCCCUCCGGAUCUGAUGUCAGCGAGUCCAGCGUACCGGUGUGUACCCCCUCCGCCGCCGCCGCCGCGCAUGUUUUCCGACCUGUGCCGAGGACCGGCGGGGUUCUACCUCCCGUAGAAACGACGUCGUCCUCCAAUGACCCUCCAACUUCACUUUCCCUCUCUCUCCCCGGCGUGGAUUCAACAUCGGAGGAAACCGCUCCUGCUCCUGCUCAGCCGCCAAGUGCUAUUCCUUUGCUGCCGAUAAUGGCGGCGCCGGUUCAGUUGGUGGUGCCGCCCCAACCUCAGGUACAGGAUCCGUCAACGGCGGUGAUGCAGAAGGUUUCAGGGCCGUUCAAUUUCAGUGCGGAGUUGCUGGGUGUGAUGCAGGAGAUGAUAAAGAAAGAGGUGAGGAGUUAUAUGCAGCAGAAUGGGAUGUGUUAUUCUCAUGGAAGUGAUGAUGGGUUCAGGAACGCUGCGGUGAAACGAAUUGGGAUUAGCAGAAUCGAUUCGUAGAUUACAUGAUCAGAGAAAGAAACUGGAAAUGAACAACAAGAAAACUAGAUGGGGAUCGAUCAGAGAGGGAAAAAAAUGAUGGUGCUUUGAAAGUGAAGCUCUUAAUUUCUUUGCUGUUUUUGUUUCCCCUUGUUUAUUUUAGGAAAUAAUUUUGGUGAAUGGUGAAUCAAUGUACAGAGUGAAAACUCGUUUACUAGGGAAAAAUGGGUGGGAUGGCAAUCAGGGAAUGAAUUGAAAAUUAUUUCUGGGGAUCGAAAAGGGGAGGAAAAAUCUGCAACUCUUUAUGGUUCUUUGUCCUGAACUCCAGGCUUAGUUGGAAGGAAGAAAGGGAUAACAAGUUUAGAAUAAAAAAAGUUCAAAAAUUCAUAUAA